GCUGACCACACACGCUGAGAGACGCAGAGGUUCAGGAGCCGCGGGUUAAGCAAUGUGACCCUGGCGACCCCAAACGCCCCCGCCUCUCUCGCUUCUGCUCCACCUGCACGCGGAGCGCGGAGCCGCCAACGGAGGCGAUGGCUAGCCCUGCGCCCUUAGUGGCCUCCAUCAGCCACCAAAUGGUGGCUCUGCAGACUCUGCAGUUGCUGCAGCAGGAGUGGGGCUGGGGAGACGGUCCGGGCGCCCCCGGGGGCCCGUGUGACCCGGACCACGUGCCCGCAGCCCCAGCGCGUCGCUCAGGCCCAGUGAGAGCCAGGACCGGGCCGGGGCGCGAGGAGGGGGGCGGAGGUGCCAGAAAUCGAGGGGCCCGGGCCCGGGCGAGCUCCCCCGAGGUGGAAGGGGUGCGAGGCGCCGAGGGGGGCGCGGAGCUGCUGCCCUUCCCCCGGGACCGCGGGCCCUGCACCCUGGCCCGGAUGGCGAUGCGCAGCGCGCUGGCUCGCGUGGUGGACUCGACCUCGGAGCUGGUCAGCGUAGAACAGACGCUGCUGGGGCCUCUCCAGCAAGAGCGAUCCUUCCCCAUCCACCUGAAGGAUAGUGUUGAGUUUAGGAACAUCUGCAGUCAUUUGGCUCUACAAAUUGAAGGACAGCAGUUUGACAGAGACUUGAACGCUGCCCACCAGUGUUUGAAGACGAUAGUCAAGAAGCUGAUUCAGUCACUUGCUAAUCUUCCUUCAGAUGCCCACAUGGUCGCCUGUGCUUCCUUGAGACAGAUCUUACAGAAUCUCCCAGACACAUGAAUGUUAAAGACAUCAGAAUUAAAACCACAGCUAGUGCUGUUAGGAGAACUGGAUACUUAAUUUUCCUAAUUCAAUCAGCAGACAAUGGAUGUUUUUAUUUCUCUAAAGUAGAUAUGCUAGCACAUGUAGUAGUCUGACCAUGGCCCCUGUAGCCUUCAGAAUUAGAGCAUGUUAGUGAAAACUUUUUAAAGCUGUAGUUCACAUUUUUAAGUAUGUUGACCUCCUAUUUGCUGACUUUUUGAUUGAAAUAUAUUUCAUUUUGUAGAACUGAUUGGCUUAUAUGUAUAUAUAUUUAUUAAUUCAUAUUAAGUACUAAUUUUGAUCAAUUAUAUCUUGAUCUAUACUCAUAUUACUGUAUGCAAUAAAGCUUAAUAUGGUUAUUUAUAAGAUUGAAGCUCCUUGGUUCUGAAAAUUAUGUGGAAUAAAUGGAACAUUCGGUAAUUGACACAUUCUACUUGCUAGGCACUUGGCUUUAUGUUAUGAGAAUGAUCUUUAGUUGCAAGAGCACAUGUGUCAGCAAUUAUAAGUUCCGAUCCUGGCAUUAAUAACUUAACCACUGGGCAGGAAGAGUUGUUUCUAAACCUUGUGCUUUCAUAUACUGAUUUGUAAAUUUAAAAUGAUAAUGAGCUAUGAAGUACCAAGGCUAUGUGAUAUGUACAGAAUUAUUAAAGUCUCAUGUGGAAACAUCUAACUCUCCUUACUCUUU